CAAUUUGUAGUCUGCAAUUUGCACUCAAACCGUAUGGUUGUGAUUACGUCAACAGAAUAUAAAUAUUAUGUAAAUAUAAAAUAGUUAACAUUCAUAUUAAUUAAUAACAUCGCGACUAAAGUGAAGUGAUGUUUAUACGUUUUUUGUGCUUGUUAUGUAGGAUUUCCCCAAGAGUGUUUAUUUUCAUGGAUUGAGGAAAAUCGCCUUUAUCUAGUGAUUAGUAACAAUUAAUUAAACCAACAUGUUGCAUCACGGAUAUGAUCAUAUUGUUUUGUGCUGUUUAGUACUAUUUAAAGUUAUUAUUGCUGGAGAAGUUGGUGAAGAAUGUGCCCCCACCGAGGAAAUAUCAAGAGGAACAUGUAAAUUGUUGACGGAUUGUAAAAAUGCUAUAAGUUUCAUUCAGGCGAUAGACUUUCAUCCGUUUAGUAGAUGUGGCUUCAUUGAUAAGGUCGAAAUAGUAUGCUGUCCACAUAAAUACAUCCAACCACCAACAUCAACUAAAAGACGAAGACCAAACACUGGUGCCAUGGGGCAGGAAAAAUAUGGAAGUGGAGAUAGAAUAGCUGACAGAGAGUGUCAGAAAAUUGUUGACUCAACCUUACCAUCCCUGGAAUCACAUAUAACAGGUGGGACAAAUGCUUCGCUUGGAGAAUUCACACAUAUGGUGACGCUUGGGUACAAUAUUACUGGUGUAUAUGAAUUCCGGUGCGGUGGUUCGUUGAUAUCGGACUCUUACGUAUUAACGGCAGCGCAUUGCGUGGACACUUUGGACAGCAUAAAACCUGCGAUAGCUCGUAUGGGAGUGAUAUACCUCGGCGACGGCGAGUGGAACAACGACUCUGACGUCAGAAUUCAGCAGAUCAUAAAGCACCCGCAUCACGUGAGACGCUUGAAAUACAACGACAUAGCCUUGCUCAAGUUGGAGCAGUCCGUCGUGUUCACGCCAAGCUUGAACCCCAUCUGUCUGUAUACAAAGAACGAAGACCCCUCGGUACCUCUCAUCAUCACUGGUUGGGGCAGAACCAAUACCACACGCAAUGUGAGGAAUCCAUACCUGCAGAAGGCAACCGUGGUUGUGGUUUCGAAGAGUAAGUGCGAGGAGGCGCAUCCCUCAUGGCGCAAGUUGCCGCAGGGCAUCUCCGACGAGCAGAUCUGCGCCGGCGAUCCGAAGGGCCUGCGCGACACGUGCCAGGGUGAUUCAGGUGGACCCCUCAUGGGAUUAACGACAAAUGACGGGUUUUUGAGGUUGGUGGGGGUUACUUCAUACGGUCGCGGCUGCGGCUCGCCCGUGCCCGGCGUGUACACGCGCGUGUCGCGAUACCUCGACUGGAUCGAAAGCGUGGUGUGGUCCAACUGAGCCCAGGCGACGCGACGUCACACAUCCAGCGCGAUUAAAUAUUUGUAAAGAUGUCUAUUUCACGUUGACCGUUCAGCCUUGGAUGUGUGCGUAACGUAAACUGCGUCGCACCGUCGAAACUGAGCGCCACACACACUAUAACAAUGUGUGCACAAACAUAGCCAAACGGUCUUCGUGAAAUAGAACAUCAGCUGUAGUAUCCACAGAAUAGGUAAAUCGCGCGACAGUCACAAAAUGACUGAUUCAUACAGUGUCUUCACAGAUGUACUUUAUACUAUAUAUAAUAAUGAUUGAUGACCAAAGAAAUAUUCUACAUUGUUACAUUCAUGAUUCAAUAAUAAAAAAUAUUAUUUUA